CGGAAGAGACGAAGGGAAGUCCUUUCGUCACUCAGGCAACUCCUUUAAACCCCUUCUCCACUAACUCGCUCUUCCUCUCUUCGGGUUGUCAAAAAAAUAUACCGACCCCUUCUCUGCGCAUCGUCUUUAAGAGCUGCUGUGGAGUCGGGAUUAAUCCGCCAGCGUCGCUGCAGCCCUUUUGGAGGAACCGAAGUUACCGGAAGUACCGCGCAGAGGGCAUCGGAGCGAGGAUGGCUGCCUACAAGCUGGUUCUGAUCCGCCACGGAGAAAGCGUCUGGAACCAGGAGAACCGCUUCUGCGGCUGGUUCGACGCCGACCUGAGCGACACCGGGGAGAAGGAAGCGAGGAGGGGAGGGCAGGCCCUUAAAGAUGCCGGCUAUGAAUUUGAUAUCUGCUACACCUCUGUGCUUAAGAGGGCCAUCCGUACCCUGUGGUUUGUCCUGGACAGCAUCGACCAAAUGUGGCUUCCUGUCCACCGGACCUGGCGGCUCAAUGAGCGCCACUACGGCGGCCUGACGGGGCUGAAUAAGGCAGAGACGGCUGCCAAACACGGAGAGGCUCAGGUCAAGAUCUGGAGGCGUUCCUUUGACAUUCCUCCCCCAUCCAUGGACGAAGGGCAUGACUUCUACCAGGCUAUUAGCAAGGACCGGCGUUAUGCUGACCUGACGGAGGAUCAGCUUCCCAGCUGUGAAAGUCUCAAGGACACCAUUGCCAGGGCACUUCCUUUCUGGAACGAGGAAAUAGUUCCCCAGAUCAAGGAAGGGAAGAGGGUGCUGAUCGCUGCACAUGGCAACAGCCUGCGGGGCAUCGUCAAGCAUCUUGAGGGUAUGUCGGAGGAAGCCAUCAUGGAGCUGAACCUGCCCACAGGCAUCCCCAUUGUGUACGAGCUGGACAAGAACCUGAAGCCCCUUGGACCCAUGCAGUUCCUGGGAGAUGAGGAGACCGUCAAGAAGGCCAUGGAAGCCGUGGCUGCUCAGGGCAAAGCCAAGAAAUAGACUUUUCCUUCCUGCUGAAGCCCAGCGUACAGACCAAUCAAGUCCUCUUCUCACAUUCGGUUAAAAACACCUCCUUAUUUAAUGUGUGUCGUCACUGACUUGCACACGAGUAGACCCAAAAUGUGCACUUUAGAAAUAAUACCCUGCUUAAAACACAAUCAGGCUAUUGUUUGUGUUUAUUGGUCUUUAUUCUGUUGUACGCUGAAACAUGCAUUUCGUUAUUAGACUAUCAAAUACAGUUAAAGCACUGAAUUAAAUUGAAAUUAGGGACCAUAGAGCGGAUGCAGCUCUGUCCUUUAUGAACAGUGGCUGUAAGUAAAUCGCAGUGGGAACAAGAUCACCACUGGCUGUUGUUAAAGGGGCCGAUUGUUUUGUUGUACACUGCUGAACUUUGUUUGCUGUGGCAAAAAUAAUAAAUGUUGCGAGACAUCAUUCAACGAUUA